AUGGCUCCGUCCAUUGAACCGUACCCACAACCUCAGCCCCUACCCUCAAAAACAAAGCAAAGACCCACCAGGGACUCAGGGGAUAUUAGGUUAAAAAAAGCGAAAGGAAAACAGAAUGCCUCACCGCCCAUACCACCAACGGAUCCAUCCCCGCCCACCCCAUGGGAGUGGGCAUCUCUGUCAGAUCCUUCGUCCAGCAAAACUCCCCCAAUAUUUACCAACGAUGGAAGGUCUGCCAGUUAUUUUUUCUCUCUUGUGGGCUCUCAGGUCAAAAUACAUUCCGUAGCGACUGGGCAGGUCGUCUCUAUCUUAACCUCUUCCCCACCUUCCACCACCGAAACAUCACCGGAUUCGCUGACAUCUGCCAUUAUCAAUCCUCACAACGCGUUCCAAUUGAUCACGGGCUCACUCGACGGAAGGGCGAUGAUUUGGGAUUUCAUCAAUGCCACUCUUCUUCAAACUAUUGAUAUUGGGCAGCCAAUACAUUAUAUUUGUGCGCACAAAGAGUUUAAGGAUACGAUUUUUGUUGCAGCGUCUCGCCCUACAAAGAAAGAUAACAACGCCGUUAUAUUGCGCGUCUCUCUAAAACCUACUGAAAAUGCGACCGAAAUUUUGCCCAUUGGAAAAAUUCGUUCUCCUGCUGGACUUGCUAUCUCGCCCAAUGGCGCAUGGAUCGUCGCGGCUGCUGGACACAAAGUCUAUGUCGCAAGAACAUCAGAUUUGGCUUCUGGGUUUACUAAAUACGUAUCACCAGAACGCCUCACCUGCUUGGCAUUCCAUCCUUCUGAUGAAUAUUUCGCAACGGGCGACGAAAAGGGUGUGGUCAGGUUGUGGUAUUGUCUCAACAACGACUUGGCUAUCAAUUCUCGCGGAGUAGAGAAGCGGACACAGACCACCUCGUUGCAUUGGCAUGCUCAUGCGGUGUCUUCCGUUACUUUUACGCCGAAUGGAGCCUACUUGUUAAGCGGCGGUGAGGAGGCCGUCUUGGUGAUAUGGCAGGUGCACACCGGAAAAAAGGAAUUUAUUCCACGUUUGGGAGCGCCAAUAAAUGCUGUAUCUGUCUCUAAUCGAGGGACCGCCGAAGAAUAUUUGGUCAGACUUGCAGACUCUACACACUCUUUCAUUAGUUCGAGCAGUCUGAGGAUUACAAGAAGCUACUCGCAGAUCAGAGUUGAUCCCUCAAUAUGUUAUCCGCCCUCAGCGCCGAUUUCCGUCCCUCUGGCUGUGCAUUCAUCGUCGUCAACCCUUAUUCUUCCCACUUCACAUCCAUCUUCAAUCCAAAUAUACUCCCCACUUUCCUCCACAUCAACGUCGGAGUUAGAGGUAUCGCCUUCAAACCGUGUUUCAAGACGAGAUGAGAAACCAUUGGAGCCUUCUCGGGUCGAAAGCGUGGUCGUGUCAUCAUCUGGAUUAUGGAUGUCGACGAUAGAUUCUCGACAAGGCGAUGCAAAUUUUGGUACCGAAGUCUUUCUGAAAUUUUGGAUUUGGGACCAGAAGACGCGACGCUGGCUUUUGAACACCAGGAUAGACAGGCCGCAUGGUCAAAAAAAAGUAAACGACCUCAGUUUUAGUCCUGAUAAAGGCAAGAAACAACCGAUUACUCUCCUCUCAACUGGCGAAGACGGUUGCAUAAAAUUUUGGGUAUUGCGGAGUCGCAAAAGUGGGUCGGCCUCCCAAGAAGACUUUUGGAUUGCUCGCGCUUCUUUUAGUUUCCGCUCUGCGAUGCCUCACUGUGCAUCGUGGUCCCCCGAUGCUUCUCUUGUCGCUGUAUCUUUAGGCCCCCACGUCGCUAUCUAUGAUCCCAUUACUGCCACUCUCUGCCAGACAUUGAUCGCUCCAGAGUGUCAAGACUCGAAGUUGGUUGACUUUAUAGGCAACGCAGGUCGGUAUCUGGCUGUCGCCGGGUUAAGCAGUAUCGUACUUUGGGAUCUUGUCUCGAAAACUGUUUGCUGGCAUUUUGACAGCCCCUUGGGUGUGUGCCGUAUCGUCUCCCACCCCACUGAAGACAAAUUCGUCGUCUUUCAUGAAACGCCUCUGGACGACGAAGGCCAAAGAACCACCAUCUCCGUAUUCCACGUUUCUUCCCGCGUUCCCCAAAGGACUUGCACUGUUCCUUUUGGCCUUCGGAAUGUAACGUGGUAUUGUGCGUCUCCCACUACUACUAACUUCAGUUUCGUCGGCAUCUCAUAUAACUGGAGUGUUGUCGUAUUUGGAGAUAAAAGUUUAUUACGAAAGGGAGAAACGACGACUUUAAAAGAGCUUAUUGGUUUUUCUACUGUUCAAGGACGAACACUCUUUCAGGACGUCUUUGGGAAGUCUGCAUUCCUUGAUGCCUUCACCAGAACAUCCCAAGCACCAAGAAUUUCCUCCGAGGUUCAUACAGAAUCUGUUGACAAAGCAGACAUGAUUUUUGAAUAUCCUGCCUAUCUCAUGCCAUCUCUUGAUCACCUUUUCGACCCACUGUUAGAGUCUUUCCUGAAAACUUCAGUCCAACGGGCAAAUCUUUCUCAAGAAGUUGCAGCUGGAGAACAGGAGGAAGAUGAUGUAGAUAUGGAAGACCCGAUGAGUGCAUCGAUAACCGUUGAAUCGGUUGGACGGUGUCUAAAUCAAGUGAAACUGGAUGUUGUGACGGAUCUUUUCAGAAGACAUUCUAUCUGUGGUUCCGCGGGAGCUGUCCAUCCAACAGUUACCGGUCAACUGAACGACAUUGCACAAUGUCGCGUUAAAGAUAUCCAGCCUCUAUCCCUUCCGAAAUCUUUUCUGUUCAAGAAUGGGACGCGCAAAGUUGCCUUGCUUUUGUCGAACUCCACAUCCCCGUCACCUGCCUCCUCUGUCCCUGUCUCGUCAUCCACGGUCACAACUGGCAAAAAGCGCAAAAAGUCUUUAGGGUGA